AUGAAGUUAGAAGGUUGUACAGCAGUUGUGACUGGUGGAGCCAGAGGAAUUGGAAAAGCUAUCACUAAAGCUUUGUUGCAGAACAAAGCAAAGGUAAAUAUUUAAUUAAGACCGAAUAUUAUAAUUUAUAACAAUAGCACGCAGUUACAAUUUCUAAUGCAAAUUCAGCAGUAUAUAUACAGUAUAGCUAUACAACAAUUCAACAUCAUGGAAAUUUAAGUCGGUAAAUUAAUUUGACAUCAAGCCAACUAUUAAAACACAUACAAUAUUAAGUAAAUAUAGAAGCCUAAAAUUACUAUGCGUUUUCUAAAGUCUCAAAACUCUGUACGUUUCAAUUAAAAUGUUAGUUAAAGUUUAUUUAAAAAUGGUAUUUAAUUUGCUUUUAAUAAAAACAUCUAACGAGUCUGAACAGACUACUUCACUCGGCAGGGAAUUCCAAUCUUUGAUUGAGAGUGGGAAGAAAUGAAAUAAUAUUUAAUGACAUCUUUCUUUACUUUAGGUGCGCCUUAAUGUAUUUGUAAGCGUGGCUUCCACGUGUUCUUGUUUCGCUGCUUAGUUGUAUAUAUUCAUCAGUUGAGAUAUUGACCAGAUUAUGAGACAGCUUGUAUAUAAUAAUGUCAAUCUGGCUUCUUCUCUUCUUGUUUCUAAUGAUUUCCCGUAAACUAACUAUCUUGACAGGGAUAAUAGUGUUUCAAAACAAACUGAAGAACGUAGCCUAUUUUGUUUCCCAAGUGUGAGUUUUGUUGUCGGGAAACGUUCAUAUCUUCGUUGCUUGUACCUUCUGGAAACAUAAUUAUGGCUAAAGGCUCUUUUCCACUCAUCGCUGCGAGUGCAUCUGAUUAAAAUAAACUGUUGAGCAUUGUGAUUGGAUGAACUGAGUACUCCCAGCAAGCUUACGAGUUGAGUCUUGCGAUGAAUGUAAAAGAUCCUUUGGGAACAAUGUUUCCAUAAGCGAUUGAUGUUGUUUCCCAAGCCUGCGCAUGCUAGCGCUGACAGAAUCGAAAAUGAAAGAAACGGUAAAGAUAUUGUGUAUUGCUAUAGCGCUUUAUUUCCACUCUAAACUUUGCAUUUGUAUAUCUAAACAGGUAUAUUUUCUGGAUGUUGAUACAAUAGAGGGUAAAAAUGUUCAAACAGAACUUGAUGAAGAAUUUGGCAAGGGAUUCGCGCUAUUUUAUUCCUGCGAUGUUGCAAAUACCGAUCAGUUUAAAGGUAUUAUCCCAACAAUAUGGACGACUUGCCUUAUUAAUAGUGGUGUCUGCUGUAUACGCGUGACG